GUCAGUGACGAACGCACAGUAGAGGAGAAAGGAGAGGAGAAGAAAAGAGACAGGAGAGGUGUUUAAUGUGGCGCCACCAUGCUCUAACCGCUGCUCCGUGACUGAGUGAACGCCUGGAUGUGAAAAAGCUCCACCCACCAGCUCUCACCUCCACUCUCCACUCUCUGCUGACCUGAGUCCGAUGGCAAAGCAUGACCCGAACGAGGCCCCUCCUCCGUACUACUCUGUUGCCGUGCACACCCAGCCCCCCCUCAAACCCCACGAGGAGGUGGUGUAUGGCGUUGGUCCAGGCCUGACACCCCCCACCCGUCCGCAUUACAUCCCCCAGUAUCCCCCACCUGUGGUCGUUCCCCAAGUCACGCAGUCAAGCAUACCCCCCAGAGGUAAGAGGAGGAGAUGCUGCGAGAAUAAUUCCCAGUGUUAUGGAGGGUCAGGGGGAGUGUUGCUGGUGCUCGCUCUGCUGGCACUGGCCAUCUGGCUUGGAGUUCGUUAUGGCACCCGAGUGGCAACAGUAGCGAUCCUCCAUGGUGACGACGAUGAUCCCAUCAGUGAAAAUCAGCCUCUGCCAGAGUAUGACACCUGCCCCAACAAUACUGUCCAAUGUGAUGCAAUAAGCGACUGCCAACUGGGCACCGACGAGACAAACUGUGUGAGGUUCGGCAGGGACGGCAGUCUGCAGGUCAAGACAUCCCAAGAUGGCCGCUUCCUGCCAGUGUGCUACAAAGGCUGGGACCAGAGCUACGCCGACCAGACCUGCGCUCAGCUCGGAUUAAGACAGUCCUAUUUUACCAAAGCAAUUCAGUCCCAGGCGUCCGUGGGUUUAACAGUGACCAGCAGAUCAUCUUUGCCGAUCCAGGGUUUGGUAAACGUCAGUUCUUCCUGUCCGGACCAGGAGACCGUCUCCCUGCAGUGUAUGGACUGUGGUCGGCAGCAGUCUACAUCCCGGAUCAUUGGGGGCAGCAAAGCUAAGGAGGGUCAGUGGCCUUGGCAGUUGUCGGUCCACUUCAGAGGAUCCCACGUCUGCGGAGGAGUCAUGAUCUCUCCGGAUUUUGUGCUCACCGCUGCCCACUGCUUCCCAAGAGGCAACUCUUUAGCCCUCUCUGCAGAUAACUGGAAAGUGUACGGUGGAGUGGUGUCUCUGGACAGACUACCUCAGCCCUACCUGGUGAAGAAGAUCCUGCUGAACGAGAACUACAACAGCCAAACCAAUGACCAGGACGUCGCUCUGCUCAAACUUACAUCUCGGGUUGCUUUCAAUGAUAAAGUUCAGCCAGCUUGUCUGCCAACAACUGACCAGCGAUUUCCCCAAGGAACCAAAUGCUGGACCUCUGGUUUUGGCACCACAGAGGCUGGAUCAGACACAGUCUCCAAGGAUCUGAUGGAGGUGACUGUGGACAUCAUCAGCAGAGAAGUGUGUAACAGCCCCAGCGUGUACGGAGGCUCCGUGACCAGGAACAUGCUCUGUGCUGGGAACCUGGACGGAGGCAGAGACUCCUGUCAGGGGGACAGCGGUGGACCUCUGGUGUGUCAGGGGGAGAGCCGUUGGUACCUGGUGGGGAUCACGAGCUGGGGAGCUGGCUGCGGGAGAAGAAACAAGCCUGGGGUUUACGCCAAAGUCAGCAGUGUUUUGCCCUGGAUCUACAGCAGAAUGCAGCGAGAGAGGCCGUGAUGUCCCUUUGUCGGCUGCUGGUGGUCCACUUUCCCCACCUCCCCAACGAACCCUGCACUAUGAAGUCUUCUCAGAGCUCUGGAUGGGUUUGCACAUUUACAGUUACACCUGAUGAGGUGGCACUGUUGGUGGAAAGACAGGCGGAUGAAAGCUGGUUUUAGGGGAGAGGCAGCACGAAAUACACAACUUGAACACAGGACUUCCGUCUCGGUGUUUGGCAUCACCCAUACUCACCCUCUGCCGCGCGGCGGUUAUGUGUAUUACCUGAACCUGAUUACGGAUGCGCACUAAUCGAUGCACUGACUUCAGUCUUGCAUUCUUGAUUUUAUUCCUCUGUCUCUUGGUGUCUCAGCCGCACAGUACACUUGCGUUUACCUACUUGUUCAGCAUGCUUUAAAGACGGCUGGCCCUUCUCUCAUGUGUUCUGUGCCAAUGAAACACAGUCCACUCCACUGUGAUCUCCUUAACUGGGUAGAGAAUGAUGCUCGUUAAAAAUGAUUCAUGAUUGUAGAGGUGUGUUUUUUUUCUCAGGGACACAUCUCAGGCUUUUGAAUGUUGAUUCUUGUUUACUGUAGUAAAAUGAAGAAAGGACACUUUAUGCAUUCACUCUGUGACUCCCUUGCUGAGCUGGCACUCUGUCUGCACACUGAAACCUCCCCUUAUACUCACACUGUGAAGUUGUUCAGAGAUUGUUCUUCUUACACUGUAUGCCAAUGUGUGUGUUCUCUGUGUGUCAUAUUUAUGUGCAUUUGCCAUGUUUUCUUACAGAGUUUUCUAUUUGUCUAAUGUGUGGGAUCACUGAGCUUUAUACACUGAGCAUACGUAAAAUAAAGAUCAAGGAAAAUGGU